AUUGUCUAGUGUAUCAUCAUCUGUCGUACUGCUUUUUUUUCCUUCUCGAGGGGCCGCAUCAUUUUGCGCAUCGGCCUGCUUCUUAGCACGCCUCCCUUCUCUUCUCCCGCGAUUUCUUUAACGCGCAGCCUCUCUCGGCUUAUUAAUUCGAUAUAAACGAACCAUCUCUCCCACGGGGAGCAUCUAUAAGAUGGCUGACCAACACGAGGUCGAUCUCGAUUCUAUAAUUGACCGGCUGCUCGAGGUCCGAGGUAGCCGGCCUGGAAAGCAGGUCCAGCUUCUCGAGACUGAGAUUCGCUUCCUCUGCACUAAGGCUCGCGAGAUUUUCAUUUCUCAGCCCAUCCUCCUCGAGCUCGAGGCUCCCAUCAAGAUUUGCGGUGAUAUUCACGGCCAAUACUAUGAUCUUCUGCGUCUGUUUGAGUAUGGCGGCUUCCCCCCUGAAGCCAACUACCUCUUCCUAGGUGACUACGUCGACCGUGGCAAGCAGUCUCUCGAGACCAUCUGCCUUCUCCUCGCCUACAAGAUCAAGUAUCCCGAGAACUUCUUCAUUCUCCGUGGCAACCACGAGUGCGCCUCCAUCAACCGUAUCUACGGCUUCUACGAUGAGUGCAAGCGACGCUACAACAUUAAGCUUUGGAAGACAUUUACCGAUUGCUUCAACUGCUUACCCAUUGCCGCCAUCAUUGACGAGAAGAUCUUCACCAUGCACGGAGGUCUCAGCCCCGAUCUGAACUCGAUGGAGCAGAUUCGUCGCGUCAUGCGCCCCACUGAUAUCCCUGAUUGUGGACUGCUGUGUGAUCUUCUGUGGUCCGACCCCGACAAGGACAUUACCGGCUGGAGCGAAAACGACCGUGGUGUGUCCUUCACCUUUGGUCCGGACGUGGUGUCUCGUUUCCUACAGAAGCACGACAUGGACCUCAUCUGCCGUGCCCACCAGGUCGUCGAAGAUGGCUACGAAUUCUUCUCCAAGCGUCAACUCGUCACGCUGUUUAGUGCACCCAACUACUGUGGCGAGUUCGACAAUGCAGGUGCCAUGAUGAGCGUGGACGAGAGCUUGCUCUGCUCAUUCCAGAUUCUCAAGCCUGCUGAGAAGAAACAAAAGUUCGGACGGCGUUAGAUCAUCGGGAUGACCUUGUUCGGUCUCUCGACUGAGCACGAUCCAUCUCGACGACUUGACACUGCCGACUUUUCUUUUUGACUCUCCGACUCUCUUCAUACUCUGCAACCUCUUACGUCGCACCGUCGCUGGGCCCUGGUGGCGAGAACGGGUU